AUGGAAAACGAAGGGAGCGCAGGAACGGGAAGCAGUCCUCGUUGGAACCCAACGAAAGAACAGAUAACGUUGCUUGAGAAUCUUUACAAGCAGGGGAUACGAACACCGAGCGCCGAUCAGAUACAGCAGAUCACCGGUAGGCUUCGAGCACACGGCCAUAUCGAGGGUAAAAACGUCUUUUACUGGUUCCAAAACCAUAAGGCUAGACAACGCCAAAAGCAGAAACAGGAUCGCAUCUCUUCCUUUAAUAGUCUCCUCCACAAAACCUCCCGUUUCUUCCACCCUAUUCCUUGCUCAAACGUGGGCUGCGUUAAUCCGUACUAUUUACAUCAAGUAAGAGAUCAUCAUGAUCAACAUGGAAGUGUAUACAGACAAGAUCUUCACAGUAGCAAAGUAAUGCUUCCAAGUGGUGGCUACGAGAAACGCACUACCACAGAUCAUAAGAAACAUGUUUCAGACAUAACAACAACAACAGCUAGAAUGUCAAUGUCUUCGAGUUCACUCAGAUUUGACCGAUUUGCCCUUGAUAAUCACGGUUAUUUUAGCGAGGGCAUCAACGUCAAUACCAAUGGACUGAAGACGCUUCCGCUUUUUCCACUUCAGCCUCUGGAUGCGGCUAAUGACUCUGGUGUUGGAAAUUCCAGUUUUUCGCUUCGUCAUGAUUCUCCGGUGACUUAUUGUGGCGAUGAUGGCGGACGAGGGCAGCCGUUUAUUGACUUCUUCUCUAGUGGUUCUAGUAGGUUCGAUAAUAGUGGAAACGGGUUGUAAGAUGGUAGGAGAUGGAUUGCAUCCCUCCACAAGGCCCAUCAAAUAACAGGCCAUAGCCCGACAAUUUCGGUUGAGUUUAGUCGGCUUAGCGGCUAAAGACGUUGGCUCGACCCUAGAGUACUUUAAGCCAAUCGGCUAAGAUGAUCAGUCGUACUCGGCUUAGACGAAAUAAUACCAAGGCCCGCAUACUCGGCCUUUAGUGACAGGGCCCAUAGGAUAAGUGCGAUUAGGGCAUCACGAACAGAGGCGCUAUAAGAGUGGAGGAAGAGGCAACGAGCAGAGGACUUUUGGACAACCUACACACUAAGCGGCUAGAUCUAGGGUUUCUAAACGAUCAUUCUGAUCUUGUUGCUUAGACCUCACAUCUUGUCUCCUUAUUUCCCAUCAAUCUUGUAACCCUUUGUCGGAUUCUAAUAAAAACGUCUUUAGUCACC